ACUAUACUGGCCUUCAUCAAGCAAUUGAAAAUUGGGAUUUCAAGAUAAUUGAAAGUUUGGAACCUCACAGGGAACUGUUGAAACGAAUUGAACCCACUAUGCAGGACAUUGACAUCAAAGAUAUUCAAUUCUACAUGGAUGACUGUCUCCUAAUUCCGGAAUGGGAAGAAAUUCAUCAGAUUAAAACCAUGAAAGGCAGAAAAGCAAGUGCAAGCAAACUGGUAGAAUGCCUGUGUAGAUCAGACAAAGAACAUUGGCCUAAAACUUUCCAAAUUGCACUGGAUAGGGCUGGAUGCGACACCCAAAGCAAAUACUGGAAUUUGAAAAAAGAUGAUAAUGCAGAUGUUGAAAUGGAAAAUGAAGAGGAAAGCAGCUGUGUUUUUCAAAUACAGAUUUCUGAAGAAGCAGAAUCUGAUAAUCUUUGUGGGAAUUCAUGUUCAGCUUCAGCUAUCUUCCCGCAGACCAGGUAUGUUCUGAGGGACCCAAGGAGCUAUCAGAGAGAACUUGCUGAACCUGCUCUUAAAGGCAAACAUACCAUGAUUUGUGCCCCUACUGGAUCUGGGAAGACUUUUGUGUCUAUUAUGAUAUGUGAGCAUCAUCUCUGCAACAGGCCUGAUGGGGAGAAAGGAAAAGUAGUCUUCCUCACUACAAAAGUUCCAGUUUAUGAACAACAGAAGAGAGUCUUCCAGGAAUACUUCAAAAAUGAAUACGACAUUGCAGGCAUCUGUGGGGAAGAUGGUUCCUCGAAUCCUGCAGACAUGGUUAUUAAGCAGAAUGAUAUUAUUGUCAUGACGCCCCAGACUCUUUUGAACGCUCUGAAUAAUGGGACAAUUCCUUCUCUUUUAAUUUUCACAUUGAUGAUAUUCGAUGAGUGCCACAACACUACGGGGAAUAACCCAUAUAAUAUGUUAAUGUUUAAGUAUUUGGACCUUAAACUGAAGCAAGGUGCAUGCUCAUUGCCUCAGAUUGUAGGAUUGACCGCUUCUCCUGGCAUUGGCAGUGCAAAAAGCGUAGGUGAGGCCAUAGACUACAUCUGCAAGAUUUGUGCUUCACUGAAUAUUGAAGUGAUCUCAACAGUCAGAAAGAACGUAAAGGACCUAGAUGAAAUUGUUCAUAAACCUGAAAAAAUUAUUAGACUUGUUGGGACUCGUCCACAAAAUCGCUUUGUAGAUAUUGUAUCUCAGAUGAUGUUGAAAGCAGAGGCUCUAGCAAGACAAUUUCAUCCUAUUGAUAACUUGUCUGUGAUGAAGAACCAAUGUUAUGGGACCCAGAAAUACGAGCAGUGGAUCACCGACGUGCAGCAGAAAGCUGUGGUGUUACACUUUCCAAAUAAGGAAGACGAGAGCCGAGUCUGCAGAGCUGUUUGUAUUUGCACACAGCACCUCCGAAAAUACAAUGAUGCCUUAAUCAUCAAUGAAGAUGCCCGAACCAAAGAUGCUUUGGAUUUUCUGAAGGAUUAUUUUCAGGAUAUCAAAAAUGCCAACUUUGAUGAUAUUGAACGUCAAUUGGUUUCCAAUUUUGAAGAUAAUUUGCAAGAACUCACUGCUGCUUCUGAGGAUAAAUCAAAUGAAAACCCAAAAUUGGAAGAUAUUGCAGAGAUUUUGGGAGAGGCAUAUCAUGUCGACCCUGAGACGCGCACUAUUCUCUUCGUGAAGACAAGAGCACUGCUGGCAGCAUUGAAGAAUUGGAUAGAAGAAACACCUGAACUUAAGCAUCUGAAGCCACAGGCGCUGAUGGGACGUGGGAAAAGAAACCAUUGUACAGGUCGUGGAAGAGCAAAAGAUAGCAAGUGCGUUCUUGUGACGAGCAAAAAAGAACAGGAAGAGAAGGAGAGAUACAAUUUACAAAAGGAAGAAAUGAUGAACAAAGCUAUCGAAGAGGUACAGAGCUGGGAUGAAAAUAUGUUUGCAAACAAGAUAAACGAGUUGCAAAAGACGCAAAUAAAAAUGCUAGAUUCCAAGAAAAAAACGACAGAACCAAAACCCUGGAAAAGCAAUCAAGUCCUUUUGUGUGGCAGAUGCAAGAAGAAGGCCUGCAGUACGGAGGACCUCCGGGUGAUUGAGGAAUCGCACCACACCGUUUUAGGUGAGAAAUUUAAAGCACAGUAUACCACAGGACCUCAUAAGGCGGCAGGAAACUGCGGGGAUUUUUAUAAAAAAGGCAAGGUGUAUUGCCUCAACUGCCAUCAUGAUUGGGGAAUCAUUGUGAAGUACAAGACCUUUGCGGACAUGCCCAUCAUUAAAAUCGGGAGCUUUUCCGUGCAGGAUGUUGUUAGCAACCAGCAAUUUCAUUUCCGAAAAUGGAAGGAUGUUGAUUUUGCAAUGAAAGAAUUUGAUGUUGAAGAAAUGCCUUAGAAAGUACGGUCUGUUCAAGCUUCUGUUUAUAAUCUUGCAUGACCUAGUUACAUUCUAUUUUAAAGUCAAAUUGGUAACUAGAGUAAUAUUAACUUAGCCGCCCGGAGUCCUUCGGGAGUGGGCGGCAUACAAGACAAGACAAAUAAACUAAACUUUCCACUUAUUCCAGUGUAAAUUCAAACUCCAAGGUAGCUGUGAUAUCUCUGAUUCUUAGUAUGCUUCCAUUAAUCAGUGCUUCUUCAAAAAAAGCUGAUCUGUUUCCAUUGCUCUUUUGGUUAUGCAAUUUAAUAAUAAAUGUAUAGAUUUAAAACUUUAAA